AUGGCUAAAGCCAUGCCAUCACUUCGGAUCUUGUUACAACCUCGACCAUUCUAUCGCGAACGAUACAAACGUGAAACCAAUCCUCGACAAAACCGAGCCCAACGUUUUAUCCAUGGCGAAGUAAAUACAAAUGGUUUGGUUUAUCCAACAAUUGAGAUUCCGCACGAAUGGCUUCAAAAAAGAUCAUUAAAAUACUUCAUUCGUGUCGGACUUGUUACUGUUCCUAGUGAACAGGUGCAUAAUGUAUGCGUACAUCCUUACAAGAUCGCUUCGGACGAUCCUGCUAUCAUUUCUGAUAAAGCAACAAACUCAUUGUAUUUUCCACUAUCAGACGGAGAAUUCCAAACUGGUCGAAAAAGUUUUCAAUUUUGUAUACAAAAGCUGACUCAUCAUGAAAUAGUGGAACAUGGAGCACUGAGAAUUCACAAUUCUGAAAACUUCCAUACAUUGGAUGCAAACUACUGCAUGGAUGCAAAGAAAAUUAUCGAAUAUUAUCAAUUAUCACAGUCACGCCUGUUUUUUUCUUUAGCUGCUUUUGAACCUGAAUGUCCUACUGCCUUUCCAGUAACAUACAAUAUCUCAACUGUUUAUUCACACGUAAUAACUGGUACGAAAAUAUCGACGAAUGAUAACGAUGCCUGUUUUCGAUAUUCACCACAAAAAGGUGAUUGUCAAGGCGGCGAUGAAAUAUUGAUGUUCAUUCCACAACUUGACAGAAGAAAGAGAUUACACAUUCGAUUCGAACAUCCUGCCAUUGAUCAACGAGCAUUAGUUCAGCGAGAGUUUGUUGAUGAAAAAACAAUCGCGUUUUUAACGCCACCAUGUCCAGAACGAUUAACAAGAGACAAACCAACACUGACGAUUCCGAUUGUUAUCAAUAUCAAUGACGUUGAAAUCAAUCGAGUUCACUUUACGUAUAUAUCAUUAUCAAAAUGUCUCAUGUGUGAUUUCGAUCUAGCGUCUUCCAAUAUAACACCCUCCACCACUCGAAAACGGCCACAUGGCGAUUUUGAAGAGAACACAGAUGAUGAUGAUGAUGAUGAUCCAUUUCUUGAAAUACCAUCCAAUCAAACAAAUAAAGAUCAUGAAAAUUCAACUCUGAUCAGAGAACUAUGGACAUUAACUGAAUCAGAAGAUCCAUUUUCCGUAUUGGCAAAUCAUAUGAAACAAAGGAAUCCACAAGUACUGUUCGACCUGAUCGAAAACACGAAUGGUUUUCUCGAACAAACAAAUUUACAAGGAGAAGCACCACUGCUAGUCGCAGCAAAAUUUAAUCAGAUCGAACUGAUCAAACGAAUCCUACACAAACGUCCAGAACUUGUCAAGCAAACUGAUAAAUUAGGUAAUAACAUAUUUCAUAACAUUGCUCGAACGGCUGAUGCUACUGCAGCGAACACAAUUGAAUUUGUUCUAAAAAAAUUGCAACCUGACACAAAAAAGUCUCUCCUGGAACAAAUCAAUGCCGAACACCAAACACCAAAGCAAGUCGCCGCAUAUCACAACAAUGAACAAUGUAUCAGUUUAUUAUCAUCAUAA